GCGCGAGCCGCCCGGCAGUUGUGAGGCGCGUGAGACGCGGAGUGCGGAUUUCCCUGUGCUUUUCUCGUCUAGUACAGCAGCCUUCCGGCCUGGGUCUGCGUCCGCCAUGGGGAAGGUGAAUGUGGCCAAGUUGCGUUACAUGAGCCGGGAUGACUUCAGGGUCCUCACCGCGGUUGAAAUGGGCAUGAAGAACCAUGAAAUCGUUCCCUGCAGUUUGGUUGCUUCUAUAGCCAGCCUUAAACAUGGUGGUUGUAACAAAGUUUUAAGAGAAUUAGUGAAACACAAACUCAUAGCUUGGGAGCGAACCAAAACUGUCCAGGGCUAUCGAUUGACAAAUGCAGGCUAUGAUUACCUAGCUUUGAAAACACUUUCUUCUAGACAGGUGGUUGAGUCUGUUGGAAACCAGAUGGGUGUUGGCAAAGAAUCCGAUAUUUACAUUGUUGCAAAUGAAGAAGGGCAGCAAUUUGCUUUAAAGCUUCACAGACUGGGAAGAACCUCUUUUCGAAAUCUGAAAAACAAGCGUGAUUACCAUAAACACAGGCACAGCAUGUCUUGGCUCUAUUUAUCUCGUCUGUCUGCCAUGAAAGAAUUUGCUUAUAUGAAGGCAUUGUAUGAAAGGAACUUUCCAGUUCCAAAGCCAGUUGAUUAUAAUCGCCAUGCAGUGGUCAUGGAACUCAUAAAUGGCUAUCCUCUAUGUCAGAUACACCAUAUUGAAGAUCCUGCAUCCGUAUAUGAUGAAGCUAUGGAACUAAUUGUUAAGCUUGCAAAUCAUGGACUAAUUCAUGGAGAUUUCAAUGAAUUCAAUCUCAUUUUGGAUAAAGAUGACCACAUCACCAUGAUUGAUUUUCCACAAAUGGUUUCAACAUCUCAUCCCAAUGCUGAGUGGUAUUUUGAUAGAGACGUUAAAUGCAUUAGAGAUUUCUUCAUGAAACGUUUCAGCUAUGAAAGUGAGCUUUUUCCAACCUUUAGUGAUAUCAGGAGGGAGGACUCUCUUGAUGUAGAGGUUUCUGCCAGUGGCUACACAAAGGAAAUGCAGGCAGAUGAUGAACUACUUCAUCCAGUAGGUCCAGAUGAUAAAAAUAUUGAAACUGAGGAGGAAUCUGAAUUCUCAUUUUCUGAUGAAGAGGUGUCAGAAAAAGCAAAGGAUUGUUGGUCAGAGAAUGAAAGUGGACUGAACACUAUAGAUGAUUGCUAUUGCAGAUCAUCUGGAGACCUUGAGCAAAUAAAGGAAGACAGUUUGUCAGAGGAGAGUGCUGAUCCACACAGUUUUGAAAUGACUGAAUUCAGUCAAGCUUUAGAAGAAGUAAAAAGGCAGAUUGUUGAAAACAAUUCUAUAACUGAGUUUUCUGGGGAGGCUAAAAAUGACACCAGGCAAGAUGGUCAAGGAGGAAUCCCCAUGGGCUCUGAGGAGGAUGAAAAUGAGUGCCCCCAUCUGAUUGCCUUGUCAUCAUUAAACAAAGAAUUCCAGCCUUUCAGAGACGAAGAAAAUAUGGAAGAUACUAAACAAUAUAGAGCAAGAACUCUGAGUGUUACUUCCGCGAGCAGUAUUUUAAGCUGUUCAACAUUUCCUCCGGAAUUGGUGAAACAGAAGGUGAAACGUCAGUUGACAAAACAGCAAAAAUCAGCUGUCAGACGUCGAUUGCAGAAAGGAGAAGCAAAUAUAUUUACCAAGCAACGGAGAGAAAACAUGCAAAAUAUUAAAUCAAGUUUGGAAGCAGCUAGCUUUUGGGGAGAAUAAUAUAUAUAAGAUCUUGAAAGUUUUCCAAAAAUUUACUAUGUCCAUUUUUUAGCCACCUUUAGUAUUUUUUUGGACCAAGGCAGAUAUACAUAAAUAGAUAAAAUAAACCCUCUUUCAUUGAUAAAUUUGACUCAUUCAAUACAUGUCUUCUAAAGAAUAACUAUGGUAAUUCUGCUAAAGCAAUCCAAUUUUCCAAGUAAUUUCUAUUAGGAAUAUACAAGGUUUUGGUUUUUUUAAUCUAAAUAUCACUUUUUGUUGUUGUUGUUCUCUACCAAAAGCAGUUAGAUUUGUUUGGUUUCAUAAUAACAGCUUUUCCACUACUAGUGGAAACAACCUUAGGCAAAUCAUAGUUUUUCCCUCUAUCUCCCCUUCUCUCUGUUAAAAUUUAUAACUACUUUGUAACAUUGUUUUGAGCAUUACAUGAGAUAGUGCUCAGAAAGCACUUAGAACAAUGCCUAGCACUUUAAGGUAUAGCUAUUGGAAUGAUAAUUAUAAUGAAGUUUAUCUUUCUGAAAGUCUGCUAACAGCUUGGUUGCAUUUUAUGUAGCCACUGGAAGAAUUUACUGCCAUCUGUUUUUUUAGUCUCUAGUUUUAAGGAUAAGCCAAUAAUGCCCUAAUUUUGUUUUCUGCUGCUUUAGUUGGUAAUGUGGUCAUGGGAACAGAAACUUAAGAUAGUCCUACCAUGGUUUUUACAGUUCCCAGUUUUUAUGCAGCCUGAGCAGAAGUAGAAGAGUUAGGGGUGGAGGGAGGUAGAAGAGAUGAGGAGUGAAAAGUUGUUUCCGAUAGUUUUAGCUGGGAGAGUCUAGAUAUUUUUUGCGUCAACAUUAGCAAAUGUAUUUGACCUUUAAACAAUAUGGGUUUGAACUGAAAGGGUCCACUUAUACACAGAUUUUUUUUCAAUAAAUGCAUACUACCGUACUGCGUGAUCUGAGAUUGGCUGUAUCUGCAGAUAAGGGAGGGCUGGCUGUAAAGUUAUAGGUAGGUUUUCAACUGGGUGGGGGUCAGCACCUCUAAAUCCCACGUUCAAGGAUCAACUGUACUCACUGAGUGUAGGAAAGAAAGAAAAUACGUAAGAUAUGGUUUCUGCCUCAAAACUAUAAUCCAGUGAGAGGUGAAAGUGAGCGUUUCAGUAUGUGUCCCUAAUGGUAGUGUAGGUCUAUUGAGUAUCAGCAUCACCCAGUAGGCCAGAAGAGAGACAUCCCCUGCAUUGAAAAAUGGCCACUAGAUGGCAGUGUCACCCCACAGUCACCAGACAGGAGAUCCUUAAAUUACUUGCAUUGGUGGUUAUGAUCGGCCAGGAGAAAUCACAGAUUGUUUUCCGAGAUUGAUAAAAACAGCAGAUACCCUUUCACCUUUGCAAAAUUAAUUCUACUGGCCAUUUGAAAUAAAUGAAUCAAAAAAAAAA